GUUGCGAAGUCUCCUGCCUCUUGCAGCCAGUCUCGACUCGAAGGAGCGAUUGUGGCUGGCAAGACGUCAGUCCGCGUCUAGGCUAGCGAGUCCCUGGACGCUUGAGCGCCUCUGGAAAAGCGUCCUCCUACAAAAGCCCAAAGCGUCCCCUUUCGCUGCAUCAUUCUCGCAAGCACAUGCCAGGAGAUGCUUUGGGGCUGUCCACACGGGAACAAGAUCCAAGCCGUGUCGCUCAAACAAAAGUUUGCAAGUGCCAGUCAUGGGGCUCCACAUGCUCCCCCCCCCUCCCCCCUCGGAUUGCGAGGACAUGGACUUUGUCAUGGGUCCGCGCAAGGUGCACAGAGCAGAGCCUGAGUUUGUUUCAGACCCCUAUACAGCGCUUGAGAUCGAGGCAGAGCCAGGGUUUUCUGUGGAGCGUCCAAGAGUCCUGAGCGUGCUCUCAAACCUGCUGGAGAAGCUAGUGUCGAGGAACGAAGCACGGGCACUUGCGGGGGGUUCCAGCGGCAGGCCGUACAGCAGCAAGCUCACGGUCUUCCACGGCCUUAGGGCACCCACGAUCUCUAUUGAGAAGUAUCUUGAGAGGAUAUUUAAGUAUGCCAACUGCAGCCCCGCUUGCUUUGUGGUCGCGUAUGUGUACAUCGACCGGCUCAUGCAGCGGCAGCCAGACCUCCCCAUCACCUCUCUCAACGUCCACAGACUCCUCAUCACAAGCGUCAUGACUGCGGCCAAGUUCCUGGACGACGCCUUUUACUGCAACUCCUUCUAUGGCAAAGUCGGCGGCGUGACCACGGCAGAGAUGAACCGGCUCGAGCUCGAGUUUCUGUUCCGGCUGGACUUCCGGCUGAAUGUGACCACUGCCACAUUCGACGCCUACACCUGCCACCUGGAGAAGGAGCUGAUCCGCAGCGGGGGGUACCAGAUCGAGCGGCCCCUCACUCCCAGGACCCCUCCCAUUUGCGACAUCGUCACGUGCUCCACGGAAGCUGCGUACAACAAGCAAAAGCUCGCCCUCAGCCCCUCCAGUGCCUUUGCGUCCAAUGCCAUUGCGGUCUGCGGCGCGUACCCUUACUCUCGGUGACAUCUGGUAGAUCGGAACUUGGUAUGGGGCGUGUAGUGUGUGGGGAGAGAGAGUAGGCGAUGCAGAGUUUCCUUACAGAAUGCGGUCUGUAAGUUGGGGCUCCCAAGGCUGGGAUGCUAUAGAGUGCGUCGUAGGAUGCAGAGAGGGAGGUAGGGGCAGGACGACAGAGACUGUAUUCACAGAGCUAUAGGUGGUUAUUACCCCGUCAGGUCAGGGGCAACUGCGGAAAAACGUUGGGUCGAUUGAUCGUACACGGAAGUUCUUAGGGGUCGCGCGCUCAGAGUCGCAGAGGUCCACCAUUGACAUUGGCAGGUUGAGGUAUUCAUUUGUAUAUAAUAAGGCAGAGUAGCGCUACUAGUAAGUCAAACGGAGCUCGGCAUCUAAUGGUACUUUACUAUGAGACUAGGUAGACACAAAGUGCUUCGGCACCCGGCGCUGAUCAGUAGGCUUCAAGUGCUUUUACGCAGAUUACGAACAGAUAAGCAAGUCUUGAUCAAAACAAUUGCCACAGCCCAUAGCCGAGUCUAGGCCUUGGGGCAUUGAUUGGUAGUCAUAAUGUCCUGUCACUUUUUGAAGGAAACAACAUAUAGGUUUUUGACAACUCC